AUCAGCAGACGUAUGCACGUGGUGCACAUGCCGACCACCUGUACGGCCCUGAGAUCGUGCGUGUGGGCCGCCGCCGCCGUUACACCCUGCGCCAACCGCGCCCGUACGCGGCCUAGCGCCUUCUCGACGGCCUCCGGCGCCGGUUUGUGGACGCUCAGCCGCCCGUACGGCACGCCGGAGGCCUCGCUCAGUACCGAGGACCACGCUGGGCCGAGCCGCUACCGCCUCGUUCCGCUAGCGAGCAUGAGCGGCUCGGGCCCAGCCACCCUCUUUGGACAGGUUAUCGCAAGCAGGACUUCCGGCUACGCCACCACACUAAACCACGACGCGACGGCGCGUUCUACGCAAUAAAUGCCCCGUGUUCGUCUCGCCGAUCGGGGCGGGGGGGGGGGCGAGCACAAGCGCUCGUGAGCUCGUCGAGUCCGACGAAGUGACGUCGACGUCGUCAGCCUAGCGCCAGAGCGGAGCGAGCGUACUCCGCUAUUGUUGAGGGCAGGGCGGCGACGACUCCGCCGUGCCAAUAGAGGCACGUCCCCGUCAAGUCGAACAAGAUGGUCCCGACUCGCCUUUCCCCUGCAUCCGACUAGGGCCUCGGUCACGACGCGUGCUCUCGCGCCUGCGACACGGUUUAUCGGAUCCGUCGUAAGUAGGUACGUGCGUACGUAUGUAGGUGGGUUCGAUGACAUGGCUCGUAUGGGCCAGGCUCGUGACGGCGCCGCGUUUGUUGUAGUAGGGAUUCUCAAGUAUGUAGUGACGAUCCUCACGAGGGCGCCCGUCCGCGCUGCACGACAGCGCUUUGCGAGAUUUGAGGCAGCCGGAAGCAAGGGCCCUGGGAGACGGGGCGUUGUUGGGCUUUCAAACAGGCUGUCAGGCGCAGACCGCCUCUAUGCUAUGCAGCACCCGAGAUUCUCUGCUUGCGGGCGGGGAACAGCGAGAAGUGACCCGUCACCGCCUCCUCCUCUGCUGAAA